AUGAAGGCGUCUGUGUGUGGAAUGCAUUCCGUGGGGAAGAGGUCUGGUGUAAAUGAGGACAGCGGAAGGGUUCAGGAUGAUACGACGUGCAUGGUGGGUCAAGAGCUGAAUAACGGUGUGGGUCAGAGGGAGGAAGAAUCUGCAGAUGUGCAGUUGUCACUCUCAUUUUCAGAAGUGCGUGUUGGGACCCACACAGAGUGUGUGGAUUCUUUGAUGCGGAACCCCACUCCUACAUUGUCGGUUUUUGGCGGUGGCACAACAUUGGGAGUUAGUACGGACACUGAAAAUGGUGCAGGGAACAAGGACGCCGCCUACCAACCACUCCGAUUGCAGAUUGCGUGGGAUGGAGAUAUUUGCAUGUCUCAGGUGGAUGGCGUUUGUGUUAUGUUGUCGGCGGAAGAAGCACAGGCGGAGGAUGUGCACUCUGCUGCCCCUCAUGCCAAUUCCAUCGACUCUGAACUCUGUCCGCUCGGAUGCGAUGAAAACAGUUCUGCAACAAGUUGGAUGUUACGACAGAGGAGGCUACAGAAUAGGGCAGAGCAAUGGCGGCGGCACGAGGAGGAGUUGUGGCGACGAAGGUACGAGCAGUCUAUUUCUCAGACUUGUGCGGCGACAAUUGUGAAAUUCCCCCCAUUGACCGAGACGACGGCGUUACAGAGUCACGAUGAUGUGCAUCUGGGAACCGAUGAGAAUGGUGACGUUGACGGCGAUGCAGGCGGCUGUGAUGAUAGUACAGAGCCGCAAACUAAACGUUUCAGCACGGCAAAUGGCAGGCGACUGCGCCGAUACCGUCCGGAACCCAUAAAAAGUGAAGAUGAUGACGUGGCCAUGCCUCUUUGGCAAAAGUCUACAUGUAGGAGAAACCCCUGA